AUCUUCACAUAGAAGCUUCAGGUGAUUCUGAUGCUGCAGAACCAGUUCAAACCCAAAAUGGUUCUGGUUCAACUGGGAGGCUUCACUGCUUCCUCAGAACCAGAACCUCAACAAAACCAGAACAGAACCAGCAGCUAAAUGGAUCCAACAUUAAAUAAGCCGAGGUUCCCCCUGCUCGGAUCAGCAGAACCGGGCUGAACCAGAACUUCUGGACUGAGAGGAAGUUGAAGGAUUUAUUUCUGAUGGACUGGUUCUGACCAGCUUCAGGUCCAGUUUGAACCAGAACUUUUCUAGAAUCUAAAGAAUCUGACAGAAGCAGAGAUUGGACCCGCUGAAUGGUUCUGCUGAUCAGAACCGGUUCUAGAACCUCAGUGUGGUUCUGGUUCCGUUGUUCUGCUGCCAUAAAAUAAAAACUCCUCAUCCUCCCCCUCCUCUCUUCUGUCUGACCUUUGACCCCUCCUCCCCCUCAAGCCUCGCCCCUCCCACAUCAGCCAGGCAUCUCUGGGUUCUGGUUCAGUUGGAGCCCGACUUCAGACGGAGCAGCAGCGAGGAGGCUCUGCAGCAGAACCGGGUCAGAACCAGAGGAGAGCCGGGUUCUGUAACAGGGAAGAGAAGAAUCACGACGCUGUUCAGCCCAAUGAUGAAGAUGUUGAUGAUGCUGCUGGGACUCUGCUGCUCAGGUGCGCUUGGAGCCUCGGAGCUGGCCUUCCUGAUGGAGCCCAGGGACGUGAUUGCCGUCAGGGACCGCCCCCUGAUGCUGCACUGCCAGGUGGAGGGGGAGGGGCCCGUCAGCAUCACAUGGAGGCAUAAUGGCGUUCCCAUAGCAACCGGUGACAGGGCGGCGGUGCUGGCCAACGGCACGCUGCUCCUCAGGAACUUCUCCAAGAGGCGAGAGAGCAAUGAGUCGGACGCCGGCGAGUACGACUGCGCGGCGCAGAACCGCUUCGGGUUGCUUAUCAGCCGCAAGGCGCGGGCGCAGCUGGCCUCGCUCCCAAAGUUCCUGUCCCACCCACARUCCCUGGCGGUGGACGAAGGGGGUGUGGCCAGACUCAGCUGCCAGGUGAACGGGAUUCCUGAGGCAAACAUCACCUGGCAGAAGGACCGCCUCCCUCUGAGCACCGCUGACCCCAGGUACACUCUGCUCCCCAACGGCGUCCUGCAGGUGAGCGCGGUCCAGCGCUCCGACGCCGGCCUGUUCCGCUGCGUCGCCUCCAACAUGGCCAACACGCGCUGCAGCCGCGAGGCCCAGCUGUCCGUCACCGUUGCAGGGUCCAGAACCUACAAGGAGCCCGUCAUCCUCUCUGGACCUCAGAACCUCACCAUCAACAUCCACCAGACCGCCAUCUUGGAAUGCAUCGCAACAGGAAACCCACGCCCCAUUGUGUCCUGGAGUCGCCUUGACGGCCGGUCCAUCGGCGUGGAGGGCGUCCAGGUCCUGGGGACGGGGAACCUGAUGAUCUCGGAUGCGUCUCUGCAGCACUCCGGGGUCUAUGUCUGCUCUGCCAACCGGCCCGGCAGCCGGUCCAGAAGAACUGCGCUGGGACGCCUCGUGGUGCAAGCUCCUCCAGAGUUUGUUCAGUGGCCGCAGUCCGUCUCCCGGCCAGCAGGGGGCAGCGCCGUCUUCAGCUGCACCGCCACCGGUGUCCCCCAGCCGCACCUCAUCUGGCUGAAGAACGGCAAGCUGCUGGCGCCUGGCGACAACGUCAAGCUCACCAACGCCAACACGACACUGGCCAUCACGCGCAUCUCUGCAGAGGACGAGGCGAUCUACCAGUGCAUCGCAGAGAGUGGCGCUGGUACCAACCAGGCCAGCGCCCGACUGGCAGUGGCGCCGGGGCCAGCGCUGCCGGAGGCACCCGCCGGGCUGCGCUCCACCGCCCUGAGCGCCGCCGGUUUACGGCUCACCUGGGACCAGCCCGACCCACGGGACGCCCAGCGGAUCAUCGGAUACGUGCUGCACAUCCGGAGGCUGGGAGAACCCGACGGCGCCGAGCUGCAGGAGGCCGUGGACCAGAACACCUUCAGCCACGACGUCCAGAACCUGGAGGCCGCCACCAGCUACCGCGUCUACCUGAAGGCGUACUCUGCUGAGGGCGGCAGCCCGCCGUCCGCCGCCGUCACCGCCACCACGCUGGGCGGAGUUCCCAGUACUCCCAGUUUCUUCACCAAGGUGCUGAACCAGACGGCCAUGCAGGUGUACUGGGAGCUGCCCAGUAAGCCAGGGAAGGUGGAGGGCUUCAGGCUGCAGUACCAUGGGGUCUCCAACCCCGACGUCCAGGGACAGGAAGUCUUCCCAGGACACAUCAACACUCACUCCAUUUCCAACCUGGAACCGGCGGCGGUUUAUGAGAUCCAGCUGGUGGCGUUCAACGGGAACGGAGACAGUCCGUCAGCUCGUCGCCUGGUGUCUCUGGCGGAGGGCGGAGCCUCAGCAGCAGCUGGUCAAAGCUGUAAUUGCGACCAGUCCGACCCGUCCAUGUCGACGCUGCUGGUCGGCGUUCACAGCGGCCUGGCCUGCGUCCUCUGCUGCCUGCUCUUCAUCCUGCUGGCAUACAGACGCAGUUUUAUCUGCAGGAAGGAGGGGAGCUGGGAGACUCCGGCCACCCUGAAAGGAGUGAGAGGGGCUAAAGGUCAAAGGGCACAGAGCGUUGAGCUGAGCCAGAGAUGUGGCUCCGCCCCUUCUCCAGUGACCGUCAUGGUUGAGUCGAGUCGAUCUGCUGAAUCUGGAACUGGAUAACCCCCCCCCACCUGGUGCAUC